AUGAUGGGUCCAUCCUUCACCUCGCGUCAGGACGCCAACAAGCUCGACUCAUACCGUAUUCACUCUGAUCACGAUCAAAGGAGCGCACAGCUCAACCUCAGCUCGUCCCAAGCACGUCGCUCCAGAGCCGCUCGAUUCGGUACCAGCCGACACGCCACCUACGCUCCUGCGUCCCUCCCUUCUGCCUCCACGAUGCCAGAAGAGCUCGAAGACGACGAACUUGCCCUUUCGUACGCAUCAACCACAGGCACAUCCACCUCAUCCAUCUAUCUACCUGAAUACGUCGCUUGGGCCAUAUCCCAGCUCAUCGCUGCUGCCAACGAUCCCAAACUCUUACGAGCGGAUCACCUCAAGCUCGCGCACCUCACAGAUCCGCAGGAACACAUGGCGGAAGCAGCACACAUCCCACCCAAACGCUCGUCACUCUUGCAUCUGGCGACCGUGUCGCCACAACGAUACGCGGCGAUUCUGGCGGUGCUCUCGGAGGUGCGGCAGAGAUUGUCGACUCGUGCGGUGAUGGAGGGUGGAGGUGAGGAGCUGGAGGAGGCGCUGCCGAGGUGGCUGCCGGAUACGGUGCUGGAUUUCGACUGCGCUGCUGGUGAAGGGCUGUGGGCUGCAGCGCACGUGUUCAGACAGGACGAUUCCGAUCAGCACAGCGCCACCUCUGUCCAGCAGUAUCACGGAUUCGAUCGAAGACCCAACUUGCUCAAGAGCGGGAAAAGGGUGGCUCAAAGCUCCGCGUCCAACGUCUCGCCAGCCGAACCAGCGAAGUCUGCCCGAGAAGUGAUACUGAAAGACGAGGGCGAGGAGAUCGUUGUGGACGGAGUGACGUACUACGAGCAGGAAGAGCAUCAAGACGAAGUCGAACCAGAUCUCGAGCAGCAACAGGACGAAUCGGAACUCGAAUACUUUUCAGGACCCAAUCCCGCCAUGUCUUCAGUGACGAAAAAGUUUCAAUCCGUUCCACUGGCCCGCGACCUCGCCUCCGUCUCCUCGUCCCGCUCGCUCGCACUCUCCGCCUUUGCACUAAGUCUCAUGACUAACGACACGAACCGGUUCGAAGCCGUCCAAGCCAUGUGGGACUCUGGAGCCGAAGUCAUCGUCAUCAUCGACAGCGCUACACCGCGAGGGUUCGCAAGCGUUGCCUCUGCUCGAGCACAGCUGCUUCAGCUCGGGCAGAAGUCGGACGGAUCGCAUGUGGUUGCGCCGUGCUCGCACGACAAACCCUGUCCGCUACUGCAUCCGUUCAGCAUCAGCUCCGCGGUCGCUUCGGCGGUAGGCGCGAGGUCGGAUACGGGUAACCCGGCCAAGAGCAGCGACGUCUGCGGGUUCACGGCGAGGUAUCAUACGCCGACGUUUUUGAGGAGGACCAAGCAUUCGGAUAAGGGAGAGGAGAAUGUCGGGUACAGCUAUGUGGUGGUCAGGCGUGGGACAAGGCCGAGUCUUGUGAGCGAGGCGAAGAGGAGGUUGGGCGUCGAUAGAGGUGCGAAAGAAGAGCAAGUCAGGGACGUAGUGGAAGAGUUGACGGUGGAAGCGGCGAAGACAAGAACGGGAAUUUUGGAUCUGUUGAGGAAUGCAAAGAAGGCUAGCGCUGAGAGGAAGACGUUGGAAGAGAUCGGUGCGAUCUCUGCGAUCGGUGGAGAUGAAGCUAUGACGGCGGGUGACGCCGAUGCAGCGGCGGUGGGCGAAGGAGAGAUGUCGGAUGAACAUGCGAUGGAUGAGUUGCUCAAACUGCUUCCAGACGCAGUGAAAGCCGAGUUUGCUGCUUCCUCGUCCGACAAUGGCUCCCCCGCUCUCACCGCAGAACAACUCGACUCGAUCAUGGCUUCCGUCCGAUCUACCGCUUCCACCUCUGCUGCUUCCGACGACCACCCAGACCCCUUGACCACCUCCACCGCCGACGCUUCGACGAUCACACUGCCCGCCCCCACCUCAUCCUCCGAACUCGCCAUGAGGCUGGAAUCCUACUCCUGGCCACGUCUCAUCCGCUCGCCUCUCAAAAAGGGCGGACACGUGACGCUCGACGCCUGCUGUUCCUCGGGCAACAUCGAACGCUUCACCAUCUCCAAGGCUUCCGGCAAACAAGCCUACCAAGACGCACGCAAGGCCAAAUGGGGUGAUCUCUUCCCGCAUCCUUCGCGCAGUCGUAGUGUCGUCAAGGUCCUGAACCCGCUUACUGCUGUGGAAAUGCAGUCUGAGGAAGGGGAAGAGGUGGGGUUGGAGCAGCUUACGUUGAGAGCACCGAGUAAGCUCAACGGUGGGAAAGGAAAAACCGUCGUCAUCGGGAUGUCCGACGAUGACGACGAUGAAAUCCUUCGCGAACUCUUCGACCACCCUUCCCCCCAACCUUCCUCCGAUUCUCCACCCAUCCACCUCCCAUCAGCUUCCUACGCCCUCAUCUCUCCCAACCUCAUCACCCCUACCAAAAAACAACUCAAAAAACAAUCCAUCAACUACUCCUCCAAAUGGAACUCCUCCCCCACCACCACAAAGUCAAAACUCUCAAACACCAAAACAAACCUCAACACCCGUCAAACACCUCUCCCUUCCCCCAUCGAACACUCCUUCACAAGCUCCCUCUCUCCAUCAGAUAGAUGGGGAGAACAGAAAACUAAGGAAAGAAGAUCUUCCAGGAAGAAGAGCCGUGGCGAUUGGAAUCAGGAGCUGUUCGGAAGGUAG